AAAAAAAAAGCUGCACUGUUUAUGCUAUCUGCACGCAUGUGCAUUACAUAUGUUUGGAGCCACACGUUGACCGCGUGGUUGUCAAGCGUGUAUGCGCUCGUUCGUGAGCGCACAACGAAAGUUUUACCUGGGACGAAACACGCCAGGAUGCCGGUGCCUGCCUUGGUGUCCAAACAGCGUUCAAGAGCUUCUAGGAGCACUUGCAAACAUGUCAUUAGACGUUGAGAUGUCUGAUGUGGACGUUUCUGGUGACUCUGAGGAAGAAGGCAGCCAGUGGGAAACAGACGUGUCAAUUGCGGGCAGUGACGACACAGUGAGCAACCUGUCGGGUAGUGUCACAGACCAGUCGGAUGAUGACCAGGAUCUCUUCAUCGACUUUGAUGAAGGCACAACCAACAGUUCAACUGGCAUCCAUGUUCAAGUGGACGUUGGCAACAUGAGUGAUCUCGAAGAUUUUGAUGACUCGGACUCGUCAUCCGUUCAGGUGCUCUCAGAAGCAGAACAACUAGAUGUCUCUAGCGUUGUUGAAGUGUGGACUGAUCGUGGAGAUGAGCUACCUGAUGAAGAUGAUCGAACUCGUUCUCCAGACUCCCGAUCAGAGCCAGAUAAUUCGGACACUGAAGUUGAAGAAAAUGCCAUGCCACAAGUAGAUGUUCCAGUAGUAGUUGCAUCAAGUGAGCAGCAACAGCCGCAGCAACAAGCAGUGCAGCCAGUGCCUGCGCACGAACGGAGUGUUUCCGAUGAAGAAGGAACUUCUGCUGAGUUAGGAACUUGCACAAUAUGUUUUGAAGCUUGGACAGCAUCGGGAACCCAUCGAUUGGCAUCCUUGAAGUGUGGACAUCUGUAUGGACUGAGCUGCAUUGAGAGGUGGGUUCGAGGACAACGUGCCAAAUGUCCCCAAUGUAACGCACCAGCCAGGAGAGUCGAUAUCCGCCCCAUCUUUGCACAGAAGCUAAUGGCAUUGGACACGAUUCAGCUGGACCAGGUCGUGAGCGAGCUGAAUGCAGAGCGGGAUAAGCGCAAGCGCUCAGAGAUCGAUGCCGAGCUGAUGCGGCAGAAGUACAAGCUGCUGUUGAACGACUACGAGAAGGUCAAGUCGGAGUUUUCCAACUUCAAGAGAAUGAGGCUAGAGACUUCUGUCUCAAGUCACAUUGACUGCAGCUCCGGGAGCAGCUCUUCCCAACGGUCUCCGGGCAAGUUCACUUUGGAUCGGGCUAUCGACCUUGGUAACAACACGUCGUGCAGAAAUGUGGCUGUCUCUGGGGUGCUGAAUCUGCUGGUGGUGUCGCAGAGCAAAAGUGGCCUUUUCAGUGGGUACGGCCUUCGCAAGGUUUCACUCUUCGACUUGAAGUCAUCCCAGUACAUCUUGAUACACAAGGGGGAAAUCAAGGACAUCGCAUUCCAUCAGCGUGACGCACUUGUGCUGUCAGCCUCCAACGACAAGACGGUCAAGCUUACUACCAUGAUAAACGACGCGAUUGUUCAGACUUACCACCAGCCUGUGGAAGCCUGGAGCUGCGCGUGGGACAAGGACGACAGCAACUGCUUUUACGUGGGCCUUCGAAACGGCUCGGUGCUGAAGCACGACAUACGCGUGACAUCCGAGCCUGUCUGCAAGCUGCCAUCCACCAAUCGAUAUGAGCCCGUGGUGGCCAUGCAGCACAUUCCCAAGGGGCCAUCAUGUGCCGAAGACAGAAGCCCGUCAGGCCUGCUGGUGUCCCAGUUUCAGAUGUGCUCCUUCUUCGAAAAGCAGGCUGACACAGAGUUUAAGGUGCACCCUCUCCACAUGGAAGGCAACUGCAUUUCUAUCAGUUAUGAGCACAAUACACGCCACCUACUGAUGAGCUGCAGACCAAGUGCUAGGACCCCUUACAUGACACACUCUAUAUGCAACAUGCUCUUCCCGAUGGCAGAUGAAGGCAGCCAUUGUGCUUUCAACGUUGUCCAUGUGUUCAAUGGAGGUCCCACUCAGGUGCAGCUGUCAAGAUCGUGCAUCUGCCUUGACCCUGAUGAUGCUGCCAACUUCUGGGCUGUAGCUGGUGAUGAGUCGUACAAACAGGUCUGAAACAACCUUCGUCGAAGCCACUACUGCCACCACUUUAUCUCGCCGCCUCAAACCAGCACUCUCGCACGCCGAUCCGCUGGCAGCCAUAGCCACCACCGUGGCAACGCUAGGCCUAGCCACUUCGACGUUUGCUACUUUUAGCAAUUCACCGCUGUUGGCAAUGGCACCAACUCCGCCUUUGUAAUCCUUGCCAAUGGCUUCGAAACUUGGAAAGCGAGGCAUGUUGCAUUAUGCCAGGGGUAAUACUUGACGUUUCCAAUUGGAGCACAUUCACCGAUGUACCAAACAAUCUUCAACAUUUCUUGUUGAGUGGAUGUCUUUGUCACAGAGCAAGGGCCAUAAAAUUUGGAACUGGAAUCUCUUACACCUUCCUUAACUAGAACGAGGUUGGUGACUUGAAUGUCUGGGAUGUCUGAGCGAUGUCUCUUGUCUGAGCGAUGUCUCUUGUCGAAAUCUUUUUUCAUUCGUUUAUGGUACCUCUUCUUUUGGGAUUUUAAUUUCCUCUCCUUGACAAUCUUGAGAUUUUGUAAGAGCCCCAACUCACAAUCUGCUUGCAGAAUAGGGAUUUCUCCUGAAGAAGCGAACUGUGGGGUGCAUCCCAAGCCACUGGUGUAGGAGCAAUUGUGAUGUUCUACAGCUGCUUUUAAAGAGCAUUUCCAUCCACCAGGGAAACUUGUACAUUCUAAUGUACUGUUUCACAUCUCAUAUAGCACGCUGUGCUAGGCCACUUGCCGCUGGAUGGUAUGGAGCACAGAAAUUGAUCUGAUAUAUAUUGUGGUCUCAAGCCCAUCAUGCUAGUUUUCCACUCUUAAACACUGGACUGUUGUCACAUACGAUUGUCCUGGUUGUCCUAACGAUAUCCUGUUCGAGGAGGGAGAUAACACUAUUUGCGUCUUCUAUGCCGCGACCAUUUUGGUGCAUUCAUCUAUGGCCAAAAGAAAAGCUUGCAUUUUUCUGACUCCUUGUUUCUUGUUUAGCUUGGCAAAAUCCAGGUGUAUAACUUCAAAAAGGCACGUUCGAGUGGCAAGGUAUUAUCAUGGCAUUUGUAGGUUGUUUAUAUUUAACUUUGUUGACUUGACAAAUAUGGCAUAAAGGAACGUAUUGAUUAACUUCAUUCAUGUGAGGCCAUGUAAAUUGUAGAUGCACCAAAAUCUGUUGUGUCCUCCAUAUUCUUGGCCAUUGUGGUACAAAUAAAGCACCCUGGAAACCAGUGUUGGCGGGACUUGAUGCCGAGCUUCAAUAAAAAUCAGUUGUUCAGUGCCUUCCCACAGUUUUACUUCAUUGAUUUCUUCUGUUUGAUCUUUGGUCGAUUUUGUCAUCAGUCUAAACAAAACAUUGGCAUCAGUCAAAAGGAGUCCAGGUCAGUGGGAGAUGGGGAAGUCAAACUGCUGCAAGUAGUUCACCGUUCUACAUAUUGAAUUGCUUUAAGGACUGCAUGAUCUUCCUUUUCAGUAGUGGUGCUCAGCCUCUGUUUUGGAGAAGACGAUAGUAUCAUCUAUGUACAUGUUACAAGACACACCUUGGAAAGGCUUCGGGACUUCAGUCAUGAUCUUCUGGAACCAUGCUGACGAGUUCUUCCAGCUUAAAGAAAGCAGGUAUACUCAUACAAAUCGAAGGGCGUGAUAAAAGCAGUGGACAUUUUUGUUUCUUCAGUUAGCAAGAUCUGCCAGAAACCUUUGCACAAGUCAAUACGUGAAAAAUGUCAGCAACCACCUGUCCCAUCUAUGAUUGUGUCUAUCUUUGGCAUGGGAAAUGGUAUGUGUUCUGUCUGAUGAUUGAGAACCCUGUAGUCUGUGGACAGUCUGAAAGUUCCAUUUUCCUUUGGCACAAUUGUUAUGGGAGAGGCAAAGUGCGAUACCAAAGGUCGGAUUAUAUCGGUGUCUAGCAUUUCCUCCAAUUGUUUCUUCAACCAUAUCUUUCACUCUGUUGACAUGUUAUAAGGUGAUUUGCGGAUGAUGGUCUUGUCAGUUAGUUUGAAAGGCACAUUGUGUGACUUUGUCGCUUGCGGAUGGCUUCCUAUGCAUACAAGUUCAGGGUAGGUCAUUGCAAUAUCCUCCGCGCAUUUGACAACUCGUAGGUUAUCUUGUCUACCCUGCUGUGUCUCAUCCCUUGGUAGUGCUUCAACUAAAACCGCAUCGUCCCAGUAUACGUUGAUGUUCUGUUUCUUUGUAUCUGGUCUGGAUAGCAGAAAGUCAUAUGUCACACCCUCUAUCGCCAAUACUUCACUCUUUAUUUCACGACCUUGGAACUCGAUGUUUACUGAGGCCCACUGAUUAUGCAAUGUCACUUUUGCAUCGUAACUUUGUACCCAUAGCAAUUUUUCACUACGCAGGCGACUUGCAUCCUCCAGCUUGGCAUUUAUUAUAUAUACAGAAGCACCGGUGUCAACCAAAGCCAUCAUAUGUCUGUUUCCCACUUUGACGAGAAUGUGAUGUAGGUUAGAGCAAGUUGCUCAGUUGUGGUCAUCGGGUCAUUAUUAGUUUUUUGUCAUUGGAAACUCUUGAGCAUCGCCAUUGACAUUAUUCACCCAACCUCUGGGAGCGCACAAACCCAAGUUCUCUGUGCUGCCUGCAAUGUGGCUUAGUUCUCGCUGAUUACAGCUUGACCAACGCGUGCCAGUCUGUCUGAAGCAACUGCUUGAGUUAGUAGUUAUUUUUUCUUCUGAAGUAGAUGGUACAUCCUGAAGGCACUCCAGGAGCCUGUCUAUAGCUUUAAGUGAUCAUACUCGCACUUGCUUCAGAACUUCAACGCGCAGUCCGUGCAUUAUUAGGGCUAUUAUGGCAGAAGAUGAAAGCAUAGGCUUGGCCAGCUUUAAAAGGCUUUGUCUCUCAAAGAAAUACUUGACAAGGGAGCCCUGCUUGAAUUUGAAAUUAGGCGUGAAAUCCCACCUUUGUACUGGGUUGUUUCGGAAUGUCAUCAAGAAUUUUUCUUUCCAUUGAUUCCUAGAGUUGUCAUCGUCUUCAAUAUUGUGCAGAUUGUACCACUUCCGUUCAACACUUCUCAAAUAACUGCACAUGUUAGUAAUCUUGUCCUCCUCGUACGCUAGUUGUUCUUCCCAGCAGCAUAUUUAUGGAAUUCAAGCCAACUUUCCAGACUUUUUUAACACAUGUCGUCGAACGCAUUAGGUUCUACAAAUUUAGUCACCGGCUUCUCAGCAUUUAGAGAGCUUAUAAGGCGAUGUAACCAGUUGGUUCUGUUGCAUAAUCUGUUCCUGCGGUACCUGAAGAGCUUUCAAAAUGAGGCUCACCUCUUCCAUUGAAGUCCGUGAUCCAGGGUCCUUUCGACGCAUCGGUUGAAAAACUAGUUUGUCCUAAGUCACCAGACGCAACUUCACUUUCACAGUACCCUUCCGACGUGGUUCAGCAGUGUCCACGGAAGCCCUCUCCAAAACCAGUUUCACAAGUUCUGCCGAGUUGAGAUCACAAGGUAGUUCCACCACUGGUUUAUUUUCAGCUUGGUACCUAAAAAAGACCUUCUCUGUGGAGGUCUCCUCAAGGAAAAUGCCUCCCACAUGUUGGAGUCAGUUGCCGGCUGUGCCAAAAUAAUGUAACGUUCCUAGUUAAAAGAACAAAAUACACUUAAAGCUUUGCUGUGGAACGGGCGCCCACGUUGUUGUUGUUGUUGUUGCAUCAAAACAGGCAUCCACCUUGUCUGCGUUUAUUCCAGCUUCAUCCUCCUUUUCUCCCCUCCCCAGGUUCCUGUACGUCUUCAUCUUCUAUGCAAAGGCUCAUACCGCUAGCAUGCGUAGUUGCUGUGAUAAUGUAUAUCAGGCGGGCAGUGAAAGGCAUGCAUUCAUUUUUUAGGACUGCCCAAUUUUUCUAAUGUUGACUGUAACAUAGAGUAGCUGUGGUACUGUGAACUUUUGUGUGUUCUAUGCUAAAAUAAAUAGAUUAUUAUAAUGUUCA